AGCGCCAUUUUCAGGGCUGAGCAGUUGCGUGAUCGCAUGAACGGAGCGGCGCGGCGUUUGACAGACGUGAUCAAAGUUGUUGAUCAGUCUUUAAAUGAUCAACGUUUAGAUCAAUAGAGCUGGUAGCGGUGAUCGCUCUGUCGCAGGAUCAUGAGGCGGAGUAAAGCAGAUGUCGAGCGCUAUAUUUCCUCAGUUCAGAGCGCCUCUCCAUCUCAGAAAGAGAGGCCAGUAAAAGGGUUUUUAUUCGCAAAAUUGUACUUGGAGGCUAAGGAGUAUGAACUUGCCAAAAGGUAUGUUUCAGAGUAUUUAACAGUGCAGCCAAAGGAUCCUAAAGCACACAAAUUCCUCGGCCAGCUUUUCGAGCGUGAUGGUGAAAUAGACAAAGCUGUUGGAUGUUACAAGCGUUCAGUGGAUCUGAAUCCAGUCCAGCGAGAUCUGGUUCUGAAAGUAGCCGAACUACUCUGUAGUAAACCUGAGCAUGACAGUCGAACCGAGUUUUGGGUGGAAAAAGCUUCCAGGCUUCUGCCAGGACAUCCAGCUGUCUUUAAUCUGAAGGAGAAGCUUCUGAGCGCUCAAGGCCAGAAUGGCUCAAACCAGCUUUACGAGCUGCUGGUGUCUGAACUGAAGCUACGGCCUAAUGAUGCUUACAUUAAUAGCAAACUGUUGCAGCUGUACAUCUCUGACGGCCGGUAUGAGGAAGCAGUGAAACACUGUCUUGCUGUGGAGAAAACUGGAAUACUUCGAGACAGUCUGGAGUGGUACAGGGAUGUGCUCAGCACCCUUCAGGAUUACCUCCGGCAGCCGAGCAUGUCGUCUAAUGAGCAGGCAUCUCGCAAGUUUCAGAAAGAACUUCUGCUGGCGCACUGCAGUCUGAUGCGACUCACACUCACAGCAAAGAGCUGUCAGGAGAGCGCUGAUGCACUGUGGACUUUUGACCGUGCACUGCAGUCUUUGAAGAACACUGCCACAAACACUGCAGAUGAGCUGUCAGAGGUGUUCACAGAGAUGCGAGCUCAGCUGUACCUGUAUGCUGGAACACUGCUGCUGAAGAUGGCUCAGGAGAAACAGCAGCAGUGGAGAGCAGUCACUGAUUUAGCGGCUCUGUCUUAUCUCAUUGCUUAUCAGACUCCAAGACCCAAAACUAAGAGUUUGAAAGGUGAGCAUGCAUCUCAUCAGCUUUUGGAGCUUCUGGCCUGUGAUCGUCAGAGUCAGGCGGGACACAUGCUGCUGAACCUGAGACAGGACAAUCCUCAGCUGCUCAAGGAAGUGCUGGAGAUGUUCGGGAACAGGAGCGGGCUGAGUAGUCUGUUUGAGCUGCUCUUCAGCACACAGGCACAUGAUAAUCUCUCAUUCAUCUGGAAUGAUGAGAUCCACAACAUUAGCGCACACGCUCCAGACAUCGCAGAGCUUGCCAAGUGGGACAAUGGUUCGGUGUUGUUGUAUGGUGGGGAUUUGCAGCACCUGGUGUGGCUGGGUUUGCAGUGGACACUGAUGGACGAGAAGGUGACCCUAAAUGACUGGCUCAAACAGCUGUUUCCACGGCUCACGCUAGAGACCUCCAAACUCAACACCAACACCCCUGAAUCCAUCUGCCUGCUCGACCUGGAGGUUUUUUUGUGUGGUGUUGUGUUUACGAGUCACACUCAGCUGCAGGAGACUGCAAAGAUAACAGCGAGUUCCCAGUUACAUGAGCCCAGAUGUCUGCCCAUGCACAUCAUGAAGCUGUUGUCCUCAGAGAAACAGAGAGAGUGGUGGGAUGCAGUCUACAAUCUCAUUCACAAGAGAGCACUGCCGGGUGUUUCCGCUAAACUGCGGUUGGUUGUCCAGCAUGGUCUGAGCACGCUGCGAGCUGGAGAGAAACACGGUCUUCAGCCAGCGCUGCUCAUACACUGGGCUCAGCACCUCACUAACACGGGUGAAAGUGUGAACUCUUACUACGAUCAGAAGGAGUACGUUGGUCGUAGUGUUCACUACUGGCAAGUAGUGCUUCCUUUGCUUGUGAAAAUCCGAAAGAGACGCAGCAUUCCUGAACCUCUUGAGCCGAUGUUUCUGCACUUCAGAAGUAAAGACAUACAGCCAUCUGACGUCCAAGUGUAUGAGGAAGAGGCAGAGAUCAGUUUUGCCACACUGCUUGAUAUUGAGGGGAACACAGAUGAAGCCAUCUCAAAGCUCAAGACACUCAACAGUAUCUCAUCUAACUGGCAUCUGGCUAAGAUCUACCAGCGGCUCUCAGAGGAAGCAGGUAACGGGGUUGAGGAGACUCAGGAUAGGUGCUUCAACUUUCUGCGGCAGUUCAGGAAAUACUUAACAAAGAUCUAUCAGGCCAAUGCAGAGGAUAUGGACAAGUUACCCGUAUCUAUGGAGGAAGUGAUGGAUUUAUUGAACGAGGUCAACCAGCAGCUAGAAGAUGAUGGAGGGAUGGAUGAAGAUAAGUUGGACCAUCCACUGACAUCCAGCCCCAGUCAGCCCACAGAAGCACAUGUGAAAUUCUCCACUCCAUCCCCAACCAAAAGUUUCACAUCACCAUCCAAAAGACCUGUGUUUUCCCCCAAAACACCCCCUUACUGGGCUGAGGAUCAGAAGUCACUGCUGCAGAUGUUGUGUCAACAGGUUGAGGCCUUGAAGAAUGAGGUUCAUGACUUGCGCCAUAAUUCAUCUGAUGCUACAGCAUCCGCAUAUAGGAUGUAUGGAGAAAGUUAUGCUGCAGAAGGACUUCAGGAAGCAUUUCAAGGAGCACAGACGUUCCAUGGAGUUCCUCUUACAGUUGCCACUACAGGUCCCUCUGUAUACUACAAUCAGUCUCCAGCAUAUAACUCGCAGUAUCUUUUGCGCACUGCUGCAAAUGUUACGCCAACAAAGGGUCCAGUAUAUGGGAUAAAUCGUCUUCCUCCACAGCAGCAUAUGUAUGCAUACCAACAAUCGACACACACACCACCUCUUCAGACAACACCCGCAUGCAUAUAUCCUCAAGAGCAGGUUUUUGGUGCUCCCAUCCGAUUUGAGUCACCAGCUACAUCCUUGCUCUCCCCGUAUAGUGAAGAAUAUUACAGUCACAAUGUUCCUCAGCCUACAACCAAUCCAACAUUACCAGAACCUGGAUAUUUCACCAAGCCAUGUGUAGUUACUUCUGCCCAGCCAUCGAGGAGCAGUGAAAGCAAGCCAGUGGAGCCCAAGAUGAGCUUUGGGCAGCAGUUCUCCGGUGAACCUCCUAAGGUUCCAAACUUCGGAGGUGUAGUUGCUCCGUCUACCUCAGCAACAACUGCAUUCAAGUUCAACUCUAAUUUCAAGUCCAAUGAUGGGGAUUUCACCUUUUCAUCUUCUCAGAAAAAUAGUGAAAGUCUCUUUGGACUUCUGACAUCAGAUAUUCCUCCCAAAACUGAAGGACUGUCAGAACCAAAACAUCUGACCCUGGACCAGCCGCCUAGCCAGAGCGAAGUCUUUAACUUUGGGAGUAAAAAUGCAGCAGGAUUUUCAUUUACUGAUGCUGCUAAGAGCAAAACAAAUAUUUUUGGCAACACCGACCAAACGUUUAGCUUUGGAAGUGGAACCAAACCGAUAUUUGGAAAUGUAGAGGCACGAGAAGAAAAAAGUGGAGAAAGUGAUGAUAGUACCCAUGUGGAAGAGGAUGAGGACGGACCUCAUUUUGAACCCAUUGUGCCCUUACCUGAUAAGGUUGACGUGAAAACUGGUGAGGAGGAGGAAGAGGAGAUGUUCUGUAACAGAGCAAAACUGUUCAGAUUUGAGUCAGAGAUGAAAGAAUGGAAAGAGCGGGGCAUUGGCAGUAUCAAAAUCCUGAAACAUAAAACAUCUGGGAAGGUUCGUCUGUUAAUGAGGAGGGAGCAAGUUCUCAAAAUCUGUGCUAAUCACUAUAUCACUGCGGAUAUGGUCUUGAAACCAAACGCUGGAUCUGACAAAUCCUGGGUGUGGUAUGCUGUGGACUAUGCAGAUGAAAUGCCAAAGACUGAGCAGUUGGCCAUUCGUUUCAAAACAGCAGAUGAGGCAGCACUGUUCAAAUUAAAAUUUGAAGAUGCUCAGAAAUUUCUAUUAAAAUCUCCCCAAAAGCAAGACCAAAACCUGGAAAAGACACGUGAAACUCUCAAACCUCACGGGUCAUUCGAAGAAAUGAAUCUUAAAGCCCGAUUUUCCAAGAAAGAGGGUGAAUGGGACUGCAGUGUGUGCUGUGUAAGAAAUGUUGCCACAUCUGCAGCAUGCGUAGCCUGCAGUAGUGCAGGUCCAUCUACGGCAAAGAAUAAACCUGGAGAUGAACUCAAAGGUUCUUCUUCUAUGGCUCCUUCAGCCAAGAUGUUAACAGAAUCUUUUGGGGCACCAAAUGUAAAGAGUGCUAGCACUGAUGUCAGCACAAAGGGCUCAGCAUUUGGAUCUCAAAUACCGAUGUCUUUUAAAUUUGGAUCAAAUUCCGUUCAGACACCUGUAGGCUUUGAAAGUCAUGCUGAUAAAAAAGCAGUCCAGUCUGAUGCACCACAACCUUUGAAAGUGUCUUCAGCUCAAGCAUUAGACUUUGGCUCUGGAUUUGGCCAGCAGUUUGCCAAGAAAGAGGGUCAAUGGGACUGUGACACCUGCUUGGUCAGGAAUGACGCGUUUGCAACCGAAUGCAUUUCUUGCAAAACCCCCUCUAGGUGUGACAUGCAGUGGGAUUGUGACAUUUGCCUGGUAAGAAAUGAAGGUGCAUCUAGCCAUUGUGUCUCAUGUCAGAAACCAAAACCAAAUAUGAAAAGCAAAACCUCUGCUGCAUCAUCAAGCUCCUCUUUUACCUUUAGUUUUGAUAGUUCUACCAACCAACCUGCUGCAACAGGAUUUAAAGCCAAUUUCAAAUCAGGCCCUGCUUUUCAGUUUGGUCUGAGUAAGGAGAAAGUAUCCUCAGAAAGCUUGAAGUUUGAGUCCUCUACAACUCAGGAGGAUAAGUCAUUCAGCAGUUCAACUUUUUCGUUUUCCAUGCCAUUAACUUCUGGCGAAUUUAAGUUUGGCAUUGGGGAAUCAGAGGCGAGAACAGCUGACCAACCAUCACAAAAUGAAUCUGCAUCUGCUCUUCUCAAAAAUAUUGCAGAACAGCACAAAGUGAAAGAAAAAGAGGCAACCAAAAUGACGUUGGAUCAGUCUGUAGACAGCGGUAGUCUUGAUGAGAAUCCACUUAUUACCGGCAAGCCAAACUCCUUCAGUUUUGCAGACUUGGCAAAAUCCUCCCAAGGUGCUUUUCAGUUUGGCCAAAAGGAUCCCAGUUUCAAAGGCUUUGCUGGGGCGGGCGAGCAACUCUUUCCAACAUUUCAGUCCAUCCAAAAGGUGGACACCUCUAUUGAUCAAGAGGAUGAGGACAUAUACAAAACCGAGGAGAAUGAUGAUAUUCAGUUUGAGCCAGUUGUUCAGAUGCCUGAAAAGGUUGAUAUUGUUACAGGGGAGGAAGAUGAGAAAAUAUUGUAUUCACAGCGUGUCAAGCUCUUCAGAUUUGAUACAGAAACUAGUCAGUGGAAAGAAAGAGGGGUUGGCCACCUUAAAUUGCUGAAGAACAAUGAAAAUGGGAGACUUCGGGUUCUUAUGAGGAGAGAGCAGGUGCUGAAGGUAUGUGCUAAUCAUUGGAUCACAACUACAAUGAACUUAAAGCCCCUCUCUGGGUCAGACCGAGCCUGGAUGUGGCAAGCGAAUGAUUUUUCGGAUGGAGAUGCCAAGUUGGAACAACUCGCUGCAAAAUUCAAAACACCAGAACUUGCUGAAGAGUUCAAGCUGAAAUUUGAGGAAUGCCAACGGCUACUUCUGGAUAUUCCUCUACAGACCCCUCACAAGCUUGUAAACUCUGAUAAAACAGCCCAACUUAUAAAAAGAGCUGAAGAGAUGAAAUCUGGUCUCAAAGACCUCAAAACAUUCUUGACGUUCCAAAACAAGAACGAUGAAAGGAAUGUAACCAUUGGUGACCCUGAAGUUGUAGUCAAGCCUGACUCUGAAACAACUGGACCUACUUUAGAGUGGGACAAUUAUGAUUUGCACGAGGAAGCACUUGAUGACAGUGCUAACACCUCUGUGCACGCUUCCCCUUUACAACCUGUUCCAAGUCCAAAGAAUUUAUUCCGUUUUGGGGAAUCAUCAGCAGGCUUUAGUUUCAGUUUUCAGCCUAUUCUCAGUCCCUCCAAGUCUCCAUCUAAGCUAAACCAGAGCCAGGCAUCUGUAGGCACAGAUGAUGAACACGAAACAUCACAAGAGGAAGAGCGAGACAGUCAGUACUUUGAGCCCGUUGUGCCAUUGCCUGAUAUUGUUGAGGUCUCAACAGGGGAGGAGAAUGAGCAAGUGCUUUUUGGUCACAGAGCCAAGUUAUACCGCUACGAUAAAACGCUUAGUCAGUGGAAGGAAAGAGGUAUUGGAGAGCUUAAAAUACUACAACAUUAUGAAACCAAGCGUGUAAGACUUGUGAUGAGGCGGGACCAGGUCCUCAAACUAUGUGCAAACCAUUGGAUAACAUCAAAUAUGAAGCUCGAGCCAAUGAAAGGAGCUGAGAAAGCGUGGAUCUGGAGUGCCGUUGAUUUUGCUGAAGGAGAGGGCAAGGUUGAACAGUUAGCCGUGCGGUUUAAACUGCAGGAGACUGCAAAUAUUUUCAAAGAAGUCUUUGAGGAAGCAAAGUAUGCUAAAGACAAAGAAACCCUUCUCACCCUGCUUUCUUCAAGAGUUCCUGGAGCCACCAUAGAGCCGCUUUGUGGCAAGGCUGCUGUUGCUGUACUUGAGGAAACCACAAAAGAACGUACAGGAUUGUCUGAAGAUGGCAGUCCUAAACCUGAUGGGACAACAGGCGUGGAACACAGUCCUCAAAUAACUAAGACUGUGGUCUCCCCUCCUAAGUUUGUCUUUGGAUCAGACACUGUACAGAAGAUCUUUGGAAGCCCUUCAUCAUCUAAAGAAAAGUCCCCCGUUUUGAUUUCAAGUUCAAAUGAUGAUGUAGCCAGUGCCUCAAGAUCAAAAACCUCUGGACAGACCGUAACUAGUCAACCAUCAGUUGUGACCCCAUUCAACACUUCAGCCAGAGGUUUGGAUUUUAGGCUUUUCAAAGAUAAUCCAAUGGCAUUUUGGACCUGUUCAUCCACCACACAGUUUGAACACCAAGUUUCCUCUCAAUCAGAGCAGACUGCUGCUGGUGAUGCUGAUGUUGAGAUUAUAUUUGAGCGUAAACCAACUAAAGAUCAAGCUGAACUGGCUGCCAGACUCGGGCUUCCUCCUACAUUCUUCUGCUACAAAAACGUGCCUGGAUACAUCAGUGAUGAUGAUGAUGAUGAUGACAAUGAAGAUUUUGAAACGGCAGUGAAAAAUCUGAAAGGAAAACUGUAUCCUGACGGAGGUGACGGAGCAUCUGAUCACGACUUUGAGUGCACACUUGUGUGGGAGAAGAAGGCCACCCCAGAGGAGGAGCAGAGAGCCCGACGCCUGCUGCUGCCCCCCACGUUCCUGUGUGGAGUAAGCAGUGAUUCAGAGGCUGAAGUGGAUAAACCAGAUGACUUCAACACUGAGGUGCAGAAACUACUGCAAGCCCAGGUAAAGCAAAACACUUCCCAUGAUGCAGCAGACAGUCAGCAAGAGCAGCAGUCACCAGAGCACACUGAUGCCAGCUGCCCAAUUGACCUCUCUACAAAAAAGAGCAGUGAGGUGGACUCCAGUUCUACUGCAAGUGCCCCGCUCUUUGCAUUUGAGUCUGUUAGUGGAUUUUCAUUUGCAGACUUGGCAAAAAGUUCAGGCGAAUUUGCUUUUGGCCAAAAAGAUACUAAUUUUUUGUGGGCAAAUGCUGGAGCGACGGUGUUUGGAAGUGCACCAGCGGAGAAACGGAAUGAAGGAGAAGAGGAGGACAGUGAUGAUGAAUCACCUAAGAAUGAUGAUAUCCACUUUGAGCCUAUUGUUUCCUUGCCAGAGGUUGAGGUGAAGUCUGGUGAGGAGGACGAGGAGAUCCUAUUCAAGGAGAGGACUAAACUCUACCGCUGGGACCGUGAGCUCAACCAGUGGAAAGAGCGUGGUGUGGGAGACCUCAAGAUCCUCUUCCAUCCAUUGAAGAAAUACUACCGUGUGCUUAUGCGACGAGAUCAGGUGCUGAAAGUGUGUGCCAACCACACCAUCACCAAGAACAUUGAGCUCAAGCCCAUGAACACUUCAACCAAUGCGCUGGUAUGGACUGCUACCGACUAUACAGAGGGAGAUGCUAAAGUUGAGCAGCUCGCCGCCAAGUUUAAAACUCCUGAACUGGCCGAGUCCUUCAGAAGAAUUUUCACUGACUGUCAGAGACGCAUGUCUCAGGUGGACUCGUCUCAGAUGUCCAUAGCUGAAGGACUUUCACGAGACACCAACCCUGUGGUGUUCUUCAGCAUCGCUGUAGAUGAUGAACCAAUAGGAAGGAUCACAAUGGAGCUGUUCACUCACAUCGUUCCUAAAACAGCAGAAAACUUCCGGGCUCUGUGCACUGGCGAAAAGGGUUUUGGAUUCCAAAAUUCAAUUUUCCACAGGAUCGUCCCUGACUUCAUGUGUCAGGGGGGCGAUAUCACCGACCAGGAUGGAACAGGAGGAAAAUCAAUCUUUGGAGCAAAAUUUGAAGAUGAGUGCUUUGACGUGAGGCACACAGGUCCAGGACUGCUGUCUAUGGCCAAUCAUGGAAGAGAUACCAAUUGCUCUCAGUUCUUCAUCACCCUGAAAAAGGCAGAGCACUUAGAUUUUAAACACGUCGCUUUUGGCUUUGUCAAAGAUGGCAUGGAUGUGGUGAAGAAGAUGGGAGAACUGGGCACUAAGGAGGGCAAACCCAGAAAAAAGAUAACCAUCAUAGAUUGUGGACAAUUGUAACACUUUACAAAAUGUUUGACACUCUGCUGUUUGUCCUAUCUGAGGUGUGGGAUUAUAUUUACUGAACUGUUGUGUAAAUGUACAUGAGAACUUGUAUAUGUAUUGGUUUUAUUUUCGCCUCCUUUCAAUGUUUGUGUAUUAAUAAAGUUGACAGCACUGGGACCCAGUGGAGUUUGGCAAUAAGAAUUAAUUUAGGUUUGGUUUAAAAUUGCAUUUACAUUAUGACAAUAUUUUAAUUUCAACUUGUAUGUUCUGGUGUUAACUCAAUGCACAGUUGCUUCUAACAGUGUCCUCAUGUUAAGUUUGAGGACUACAUUGAACAGAAUGAAUUUUUUUGAAGGUUGGGUUUCUUUGUUGCAUGGGCCGUUUUUUGAUUAAUGAUCUACCCCAGCACACUUAUACUCUAGUCUUGUUUUUAUUAGUCAAAGCUAAAAUAGUCUCACAGUUUUGCUGUAUUUCAUCUGACUUACGAGUUGCUUUACAAAACCACAACAGUUUAGUUUGCAAUUUUUAAAUCUUUUUUCUUCAGACCAAGCAACUCUUGAGUGUACUUAAGUUUAUUUUUUGCACUUCCAUAAAAUAAACAUAUGGCAACUUGCAUUUCACCUCAA